CACCCACAUCUAACCAAUCAAAUCCCUUCAUUGUGAUGGUCUUGAUUACCCCCUCCAUUCCUCUCUUCACCCAUUCCUUAUCUCCCAUCAAUCCACAAUCCCACCCCCAUUAUCUCACAUUAAUUCCUCCACUCUCCUCUCCAUUUCCCUUGAUGCCUUCCUAAUUCCACAAUUCCAUAUCUCUCUCUCUCUCUCUCUCUCUCUCCACAAAUGGCCACCAACUCCCUCCAAUCCCUCCACCACCACCACUCUCUCCCUAGGCGCCACUCAAUAGACUCCCCUCCCACCACCCUCCCCUCCUCUCUCUUCCUCAAACCCACCAACACCACAACCACCACUUCUCUCUCCCAAUCUCUCUCCUUCGCCCCCAUCUCCCUCUCCUCCUCCUCCUCCUCAACCACCACACCCUCCACCUCCCAAACCAUCUCUUUUGACCUCCUCCACCACCACCUCUCCACCAAAAACUUCCGGCAAGCCGACGAAGAGACCCGCCGCCUCCUCAUCGUCCUCGCCGGAGAACCAGCACAGAAGAGGGGCUAUGUCUUCUUCUCAGAGGUCCAAUUCAUCUCAGAAACAGACCUAAACACCAUAGAUGAGCUGUGGAGACAACACAGCAAUGACAAGUUUGGGUACAGUGUUCAAAAGAAGAUAUGGAAGAAAGCGAAUAAGGACUUCACAAGCUUUUUUAUGAAAGUUGGGUGGAUGAAGAAGCUUGACACUGAGGUUGAGCAGUACAACUACAGGGCUUUCCCAAAUGAGUUCAUGUGGGAAUUGAGUGAUGACACACCUGAGGGUCACUUGCCAUUGACAAAUGCUCUUAGAGGGACACAACUUCUCAGUAGCAUACUAAGUCACCCUGCUUUUGAAGAUGUUGCUAAAGAAGAUGAAGAUGAAGAUGAGGAAAAAGAUAAUGGGAUUGAAAAUGGAGGAUUGAAGGGUUUGAAGAAGGGUAGCUCUAACCCAUUGAGCAAGAACAAGACUCUGUUCAAUCCAGACUACAGCUUUUAAGUUACAGAAAUGAUUAGCGAACGAAUCUCAUCACAGAAUUGAAUAAAACUUCUGAGAUGUGACGUACGUAUUUAAUAAGUCUUAUUUACUGCGAGAGUUGUAUGUGAUUUUGAGAUUCUGUUUAAGUCUUAUUUGGUGUGACAAACUUGUAUGUGAUUGAUUAACCAAACUAUGAAAAAAAAAUGGAAAAGUGAUUUGAGUGAUUUUCUUAAAAACAAUAUAAAUGAAAAAGAAAUGGUUGAUUGAUUGGAACA